AGUGAACCUACCGAGAGGUGGUGUUGACCGACCGCAGCAGGUUUUCUAGCAAGAAACCUGAACAACAAACAAAAAAAAAUCUAACUUCCUAAGGCAACUGACAGUAACGCUAGGACCUUUAUUUUUACACGGAAGGGUCAGCGGUGCCGGAGUUUUUUUUUUUUUAAGGCGACGCGGCCGAGAGAAGAAAGUAAAUCCCGGAGGGAGAGCGCCAGAAGUGAGCUAAUGCUAACUCAGCUAGCUGAAUAAUUAUACCCGAAACUCGUGUAAUUUUAUGAGUCGCUUCAUUUGACACAACCACUGUGGUUACAAAGUAGGUAGUUAGGUGGCAUCUGUUGUGUUAUAUGCUACGUUUAAUUAAAAAAUACUGAGGUUUUGCCUUUACUACAUUUUAGGCCACAAGCGACUCACUUAGCAAGAUUAGCUACAAUAGCCGGUCUUAUUAUUGAGGUUACACCGGCUCUGCGCUGCUUAGCAACAUCACAUCGAGAGGUGUUAGUGUUUUAUAAGUUAGUUUACUCUUGGUACUGUCUAAGCCUUGUGCUUCGCAAUGCUGAAACAACAGCAGCAACCCGGCUCGGGCGGGAGAAAAGCGUCUAACGGAACCUCGGGCCCCGGUGGUAUGUCUUCCCCAGUCAGCGGCAUCAACAGCGGCAACAGGACACCGGCCGGGAGGAAUCGAACUUCUGCCAAGCCAUCAUUCCAGUCAUCUCCUGUCUUUGAGGGUGUGUACAACAAUGCCAGAAUGCUUCAUUUCCUCACAGCUGUCGUGGGUUCCACCUGUGACAUCAGAGUGAAGAACGGCAGUGUAUUCGAAGGCAUAUUCAAGACUCUAAGUUCUCGGUGCGAGUUGGCCGUGGACGCUGUACAUAAACGCAGCGAGGACGAGGGUUCUACGUCGGCUCCGCCGCGGAGGGAGGACAUUACAGACACUAUGAUCUUCAGUCCCUCAGACCUAGUGACUAUGAUCUGCAGAGACGUUGACCUCAACUAUGCUACCAGAGACACCUUCACAGACACAGCCAUCAGCUCCACCCGAGUCAACGGAGAACACAAGGAGAAGGUUUUACAGAGAUGGGAGGGAGGAGACAGCAAUGGAGAGAGUUACGAUCUGGAGAAUGAUGCAUCCAAUGGCUGGGAUGCCAAUGAGAUGUUUCGUUACAAUGAAGUGAAAUAUGGAGUUACGUCUACAUAUGAUUCCAGCCUUUCCAUGUAUACCGUACCGCUGGAGAAGGGCAACUCGGAAGUCUUCCGGCAGAGGGAGGCACGUGCUGCUCGCCUGGCCAGUGAGAUUGAAUCUAGCCCACAGUAUCGCCAUCGUGUCGGCCUGGAAAAUGACGAGGGCAAAAGCGAGGAGGACAAGUACAGUGCUGUGGUGCGGGACGGCGGCGAUCGUGAGAGGGGCCGCGAGAGUCCUCGUGACAGAGAGCGCGAAAGGGGGCGAGACAGUCCCGGAGCAGGAAACAGGGAGGGCAAGUACAUUCCAUUACCUCAACGCCAGAGAGAGAUGAACCGGGAGCGGGAACGAGCUGAGAGAGGUCCUAGCGGGCCUUCACCCCACAACCGUCUAAGCGGCGGUUAUCGCUCCACACCUCCAUCUUCCUCUUCCCCCAGACCUCCACUGCCUUCUGCUACUGGGCCCCAGCCCGGUGCCUCCCCCUCAGAGAGAAACAGCCCGUUGUCAGGCCGAGGCGGGGCCUACGCUCCCCACCACCCCCAGGGUAGCCCAAGCCCAGGCCCAGGCUCUGGCCCUGCAAGCCCGUACACACCUGCCUCACCAGGAGGACCGGCACCCACGUCAGCCUCCACUUCCGCUGCCCCAUCCCCAGCCAGCCCUCCUGCCUCACACGGACACACAGUCCCUCAUUCCCACUCACUCCCACACUCGCUGUCUGAAGCUGGCAGGCCUCUUAAUGGAGUCUCUGCCAGAACAUCUCCUAAAGCCCAAAGACCCCCACAGUCGAGCAGAACAGUCCGCGCUGCAAACUCUCACGCUCAGUCCGCAGCUACUCGCUCUCCUAAAUCAGGCCCUUCCCAGGACACGCCUUAUUUGGACACAUCGUCCGUCUCCCUGCCUCCCCAGAAGACGUCUGGCCCCGCCCCUCUCUUCCCAGUCGAUGUGAAUGAGAUCCUCGGAGCAGCUGCGAUCGAACGCUCAGCCGAGAGCCCGAGCAGCACGGAGGAAAGCAAGAAUAGUAAAGCUCCCUCAGUUCAGCAAAGGUCGCAGAUUGAAGAGCUGCGAAAAUUCGGAAAGGAAUUCAGGCUCCAGCCAAGUGGAGGCAGCUCGAGCUCUCCCAGCUCUCCAGCAGGAGCCACCCCUCCUGCCGUCAGCGAGAGCGUCCCACCCAGCGCGGCCAAACCCUCUCCAUCAGACGCUCACCCCGCUUCAGAGCCCAAACCUCAGCCUCCAGCUCCCAGUCCUUCCCAGCCCCAACCUCAGCCUUCGCCAGCACCUGCAGAGGACCCCACCAAGGACGCAGCAACUAUACCUGGAGCCACAACAGCCACCACCUCAGCACCCAUUUCAGAUAGGCAUUCACCGGCCGUCCCACAGCCAGCCAGGACCCCAGGAAGCGACGACGCCAGGUCUGACACGACGGAGCGGCCGGAGGGCGUGGCAGAGUCCCCUAGCCAAGUGAAGAAAUCAACCUUAAACCCUAAUGCUAAAGAGUUCAACCCUAUCAAACCUCAAAUACCUAUGACGAAGCCCAACACUGCGCCCACCCCACCUCGGCCAACUCCUCCAAGCCCAGUGGUCCUUCAGCACCCAGGCGGUCAGGGCCCACUCUACAACACCCCCUACCUCUCCUAUAUUCAGACUCCACAAAUGUACCAGUACACCAUGGCAUCAGUCCCCCAGGGGAAAUACCCCAGGACCAAAGGCUCAGUCGUGGCUCAGCGGUCUGACCAUGGGACUUCAGCGACCCCCAUGUUACAAGCUGCAGCGUCAGCAGCUGGCGCCCCGCUGGUAGCAUCCCCCUACCCUCAGUCCUACCUGCAGUACACCCCACAGCAGUACGGCCAGCAGCAGGUCAUGGCCAUGACACCCUUCACUGGACAGCAGAUGUACCCCACCAUGGUGCAGGGUGGAGCCAGGAUCAUAGGUCAAGGUGGGGGUCCUCACCCACCAGCUGUGGGACCUCCAGGAGGCCCCCAGUUCCCGUCACAGGGGGAAGGACCUCAGGGACCACAGCAGGGCAUCUACGCUCAACAGUCCUUCUCCCACCAUUCGGGUGCAGUUCAUCAGCCCCAGCCCUCCAGUACCCCGACAGGCAACCAGCCCCCUCCCCAGCACGCUGCACCUAGCCCUGGACAGAAUGCCCAGUCAGGCCCACAGCCCCAGCCUUUGUACCACUCAGGUCCCCUGUCAGCACCCACCCCACCCAACAUGCCGCCUGGCCACACGUCUCCACAGGGCUCUUACAUUCAGGGCUACAGCAUCCACCAGGGAAAUCCACUAGCGUAUCCUCUGGGACAGAUGCAACAGGCCCACAUACAGGGAGCCAUGUCAGGUCCGCACCACUCAGGAGGCCACGGUCAGCACCAGGUCAUGAUGUUACAGCACCCCCCUCAGCAGGGCCCAGGCUCUGUGCCUCAGCACCCCCAGCACGGACCUCAGCAAGGAGCACACCAACACUUUUACAUAGGACAUCCACAAGGAAUGAGCCCCAACAUCCCCACUGCCUGCUGGAUGUGAGGCCCAGACUGAACGUGACUCAUAGAAAAAAAAAAAAACAUAAAGCAAAUGGACAGGAUCGUGCAGAGGAGAGAAGAGGACAGGAAUAAAAAAGUCUCACAGCACCUUAUGCUUCUGCUGUAUUGUUCAUCUGUAACAAACCUCGGCGUCAACCCCAAGACGAGGACCUUUUUUAAUGCUAAUGAUGAAGGUGGCAGACGACAGCAGCAGCGUAUCGCCCCACCCCCCCCUGCUGCCAUCCUGCUCUUCUCUCCAACUUCUCCCCUUUUCAGAGACAUGAGGCACCUCGCUGGGCGGACCAGUCGGAGAGGAAAAGACACGGAUGAAAAACAGCAGCAGGCACUUUAUCUUCCAGCAAUGUGUUUUUAGCCUGGUGGGGUUUUGUAAGUACCAUGACACAAAUGGGAAACAGACUCUCACGGGAUUCUCAUGAAUACAGCAUGAAUGGAGGGAUUUGAAGAGGAGGGGGAUUUUUAGCAAAUCAAUUUCUUUCUUCCUUUUUUUUUUCUUCUUUUUUUUAACUCGAUCUUGUAGUUAAAACCACCCCCUUUGCUUCUCUUCUCUUCUGUAGAAAAAUAUAAUUAAUAAUAAAAAAAAAUGGACAAGACAAAAAAAAUAAUAAAAACAACAAUGACCAAAAAAUAAAGUUUUCAACUCAA